CAAAGUUUUCCGGUACGGUCACACCUCGUAAAUUCCAGUGAAAUAUUCUGCCGCUGUUGUCAACGUAAAAAUCGUUACGAUUUUCACAAAUAUCCGCUCUACAUACCAACUUUUGAGCCGAUAAGCAAGCAUUAUUCGCGGCGAAAGAAGAUCAAGUAGCACCGCCUGAGCUUGCGUGAAAACGUGUCCGGAAAAGCCAAAAGGCGGACGAGCCCCAGUGAGUGCAAGCGAGAAAGAGACAGAGACGGUGACAGCGACACCGACACCCUCAGCUCCCCCCUUCCCCCUGGCCAAGCGAACGACAGAUUUCCCAGCGAAAAAGUGAGAAUUCAAGAGACUUUCCAGCGGACAGCGAAAGGCAGCGAAAAUGCAAAUAAAUCUUAAGGUGAAGACCUUAGAUGCUCGCACCCAUGAAUUCAGCAUCGACAAUGAGAUCACAAUCCGUCAGUUCAAGGACCAAAUAGCGGAGAAGACCAACAUAGCGGCGGAGAACCAGCGCAUCAUCUACCAAGGACGUGUGCUUGUCGAUGAGAAGCAGGUGAAGGAAUAUGAUGUCGACGGCAAGGUGCUGCACGUGGCAGAGCGUCCACCUUUCUCGCAGCGCGGAACCAAUGCCCGGAACAAUGAUGAACCGAUGCGCACCUUCCGUAAUGUGGCACGUCCGCCGCCAGGAAUGCGCACAUCCCCCUAUUUCCGUGCCCUUGAUGGCAUGCUGGUGGGCACCAUGGCCAUACCAGUGAACAAUGGCCCUGUGGCCGGGACCCGCACUCCGCCCACUCGCUAUCCCAACUCCUCGUCCUUUUGCAUCAAUCGCAUCACUGUGGCCAUGCACAUGAUCGAUUGCGCCGGCAACAUAGCCGCCUAUUGAAAUCCUGCAGUGGGAUUGAAUAACCAGUCUUUGGACAUCCUGCAACGCGGUCGCUGGUCCAUGGAGUCAACAGUCGUUGAGGUAGGCGUCUCUUCCACUGAUCUGCCACGCAACAACAACAUUAUCGAUAUGGUCCAGGACGCUGUGACCGCUGCUCUGUCACGUACUGGAGCCCGUAACUACACGGUGGUGCAGCUACCCACGGUUUACACCAACGAAAGCGGCGAGACCAGUCAGCAGCGUGCAGUAGAGGCUGCCGGCAGCGAGGGUGCUGCGGCAGGAACACCUAGCGAUGCCAGCGGUGAGACUGCAGCGGCCACUGUCAUCAUUGAGGAUGUGAUUGAAACGGACGAUGAGGCCGCCGAUGGGGCCUCUGAUCGUUCGGCAACGCCUACUCCGGACCCGGAGGUUGAGGGAGCAGUUGGUGGUCAAUCGGCUGCGAAUGCGAAUGCGACUGCAGCUGCUGCUGCUGCUGCUGCCACUUCUGCGGCACCCAGCACCUCCGCCACUGCUGGCGAGGCAGCGACUGAUCAAGCUGGUGUCGAGGGAGCCAAUAAUACGGGCCCAAGACGCCGCACCCGGCCCCAAGUCUUGGCCCAGGUGAUUCUGCAUUAUCGCCGUGUUCAAACACGACUGGCGCCCUUCGUGGAUCGCUACUACGACAUCCUACAGAACGAUCCAACCUUCGAGGAGAGUGACACUGCUGGACGUGAGGAUGCCCAACGCAUCUUUGACCGAGUCUCUGAGGCUUUCCACUACCUUUCGCAUGCCCAGCAUGCCAUCUCCGAUUUAAUGCUUGAUCUAUCGCAGCCAGGACCGCGAGUGCUCACCUGCCGACCGAUUCUCGUUGAACAGAGCGGCUAUAUACGCUCGAAUAAUAUAUUUACGCCCAACUUUUUGGCUCCUCCGCCGGGUCUGCUCAACGAGAUGGGAUUCCGCUCUGGAGAACAUGGUGCCGCUGCACCUGGAACUCAAACUCCCGCCACAGCGGCACCCACUCCGACUGCUGCUCCUGCACCAGCUGCUGCCGCUGCCUCAGAGCCUGCCUCAAAUGUGCAAGCAGCCCAAGCUGCGGCGGCCAUGGUCGAGGUUGCCAAUCGAGCUGCUGGAGCCGCUGCCGAGUUGGCUGUUCAAGCUGCCAAUGCAGCCGGAGCUGCGAACGUAGCUGCGGCUAAUGCUGCCAAUGCAGCAGUUGCAGCCGCUUUUGGUUCGGAAAGCGACCGCGUGGCGGAUCCUGUCGAUGAGCCCAUGGUGGCGCCCAAUGCUACGAGCGGCGCCGGUACUCAGGCUCAACAGCAGUCACGCGUGGAAAUGGAUCCCCAGAUGGAGAUGGUACGACUUCUUCAGACCAUGAUCAACGUGGCUAACAACGAGGCAAACGAAGUUCAUGCCGAGUUCAAUUCGCCCAACAUCAUGUCGAUCAACUUGCCCGUUCAUGUGAUGACUGCCGCAGUGCGUCCGGCUCCCGCUGGUUCAGCCCCAGCUGCUGCUGCAGCUGGAGCUUCUGCUCCGGCCGCGGAAGCCUCCAAUGAAAGUUCUCCGGCUGCUAGCAAUGGCGAGUCCCCGACAGCUGCUUCCACUUCGAAUGGAAAUCGAAGCGGAGAACAGAGGGCCAACACUUUGCCCACCACUUCGACCCAGACUCGCUCGACAUCGCGUCCUCAGAUUCAGAUCGGAGGCAACAACAACUGGGGUGGACGCAUUGCGCCCACGCACACAGCCUUUGAUCGCUUCCUGCCUUGCAACAGUCAUCACAUCAGGGAGCCAGAGCAACUGCAUCAUAAUACCAAUGCGACCGGCAACAACAACCGCAGCACUACUACAGCACCAGCAAGCGGAGCCGCUAUCGUCUCGCCCACAACCGCCGCAGGACCUCGUCCUGUCACCUCUGAUCGCAUCCAACGCGGCAGUGCCAACGUACGCUCCACGUGGUCGUCACGCCGCCAGCGUCCCGCAAGCAAUCAACUGAACAGCCUCCGGCCGGCAGCCUGGGCGCAGGCCCAGACCCAGACCCAUAGCCAGGCCGCCCACGUUGGUAGUGGUAGUGGUGGUGGUGUUGGUGUUGGUGUUGGCAUCCCCACUCUUAGGGGUGGAGCCGCAAGAGUGCGUGUCAUGGGAAGAGUGCCCAUUAAUCGCGAUCGGCUUGUGACGGCUCGACCGGUCCUCGUUGGUGGUGGCACCAACAACACCAACGGCGGCCUAGGAGCCGUCCGUCGGGGGCGCAUCCAGACCGCCACCGGCCGCCUGUCCAGACAAUUCCCCACCCAACUCGCUAAUUUUUUGCUUAAUAAUCUGAGAAAUAAUGCGCAAUCAGCUCCGGCAGGCAGCGCCGCCGUCACCACCGCCGAGGGAGUGGCAGCCAUCUCGGCCACAGCAGCAGCAGCAACAGCCGCCGCAGCAGCACCAGCAUCAGUGGCAUCUGCAACAGUCACCCCAACCGUCGCUGCUCCAUCAUCGCAGGCGAUUCCGACCAUGCCAAGCGUUGAUGCAAGCAACCUGCGCUCGCAGCUGCGCAACUUCCUCAACGACAGCCUGUUCGCCGGCGGAGUGCCCAUCAACGACCAGACGAUCCCCGACGCAAUCGGACGGGCCUUGGAAUGGUUCGGCGAGAGCCUGGUCUAUUUGCCGCAGUACGAACGGCCGGAGUACAACUCCAGGGACUCGGUGUGCAACAUCCUGCGCGUCAGUCUGCGCCUGAUCUUCGAGCUGUGCAGCAGCGCGCCUGGAGGUGCUUCGACGGGAUCGAGUGCUCAGUUCGAGCAGAGCCUCAAGGAGAUCUGUGACCAGUUCCGCAAGCGUCUCUACAGCGUGCUCUUUCUGUGCCUGGGCAGCGCCAAUGCGGAGCUCUAUUGGCGUCAACUGAUGCGCCUGCUGUGCGCUCCCCUUCGAUCUAAUUUCCGCAACGAAGCGCUGCAGUUCUUGUGCAUCUAUAUAGAUCCCACAAUUCCCGCCCAGACGGACACCGUAGAUGCCCAACAGUUCCUUGUCCUGCGCAGCACCCAAGCAGUCUCUCCCACUGAUGCCGCUGAGCCUUUUGUGGCGCCACCGCAUUUGGCGUUUAAUCCACAGCAGCAACCGCAACCACCGCAGCUGGAAGCUCUGGACACAGAUGUGGAAAUGGCCGAAGUGGCUGCUAGCAGUAGUAGCAGUGCUCCCGCAGACACUUUGCCCGCUGUGAUUGUGGGCUCUGAGCCGUGGCACAUGAGUUUCCCCAACGACUGGUUGCCAGUGAUAACCCGCGACCUGCAGACCCAGACUGAGCAAAGCAACCGCCCGCAGCCACCCUACUCUGAUGCCUACAUCUCCGGAAUGUCUGCCAAGCGCCGCAAGAUUAUACAGUCGGAGAAGCCGACGCCCAGUGUGGAGUGCCUCAUCGCCAGCGGUGUGCAGCGGGCCAUUCAGAACUCUGGCCUGGGUGGUGUUAAUGGCAGUGCCCCCAGUUCCUCGAUCAGUGCGGAUACCGUGAUCGGUUCCAUUGCGCAUGACACCGGCAUUCAGGCCUCUUACACGGACGCAGUGCGAAGCAUUGUCCGUGAGAGAAUCAAACAGGAUGCCGACUAUAAGCCCAACAAGUAUCCGCAGAUAGCCAAGUUCGCCGAGCAGAAAUAGGGCGUCGUAGGGCAGUGGAUAAACCUGGCCACCUAGUGCUUGUUGUACAUUUUACUUUAACGCAUCGUAUUUAAUUUAGUUUAAUGGAUAAGUUCUGUUUAAAACGAGGAGACGACGAUUACGGCGACAACACCCACACACGGAGAGGACCUUUAGCAAAUGCUUCGACCUAUAUAGAAUAAUAAUAUCCAAACUGAUAUACAUAUAUGUAUUCUUCACACAACACAAUGGGAAACGACGAACGGGAACCCAGUCAGGAGCAAAAUAAACACA